UUCGCCGGUCGGGUUGCAGUUGCAGGUUGCUCAGUUGCACAGGCAGCAGCUGGAAAAGGGGAAGCCGCUCUAGCUGCUCCUGUCGGCGGCUACGGAGCGGAGUGAUGGACCCGAGGAGCAACGCCGAGAGCGGGGAGCCUGAGCAGGAGCCGCGGGAGCUCUUCUCCGUGCCCAUCCCGCGGCCGGAGCCCAGCACGCAGGAGCAGGAGAAGCUGUCCGGGGUGGUGAAAAAUGUGCACCGCAAACUGCGUAGGAAAUACAGAGAGGUGGGCGACUUUGAUAAGAUCUGGCGGGAGCACUGUGAGGACGAGCAGACGCUCAGUGAAUAUGCCAAUGCCAUGAAGAACCUCGCUGACCACCACUGGACCAGGAAGUGUGAGGGAGAGGGACGCAUCGAGUGGUGCCGCAGUGUGUGUCAGGAGUACUUUUUGGAUGGAGGGAUGAAGAAGAUGAUUGAGAAAGAUGAGAAGACUGCCGCUGCUUCCCUGGGUUUGAAUUCAGUGACAGCGAACUCCCCAAGUCACAGCUCUGUCCCCAGUUGGGCGUCUCAAAUGGGAAAGAUGCGCCUGCUGGAUGUAGGUAGCUGCUUUAACCCUUUCCUCAAGUUUGACGAGUUCCUCACUGUUGGGAUCGACAUCGUCCCAGCCGUCGAGACUGUGCACAAGUGUGACUUCCUGAACCUCCAGCUACAGCCUCCGUUGCAGUUGUCCCGGGACUCGGUGGAGGCCUUCCUGCGUCAGCUCCACAGCCCCAUCGACGCCCUCCCCGCUCAGCUGUUCAACGUGGUCGUCUUCUCCCUCCUCCUGUCCUAUUUCCCCUCCCCCUACCAGCGCUGGAUCUGCUGCAAGAAAGCCCACGAGCUCCUGGACCUCCACGGCCUCCUCCUGAUCAUCACACCCGACUCCUCGCACCAAAACCGACACGCGCUCAUGAUGCGGAGUUGGCGCGUCGCCGUCGAAUCUUUAGGUUUUAAGCGCUACAAAUAUGUCAAGUAUUCGCACAUGCAUCUUAUAGCAUUCAGAAAGGUUUCCCUUGCGACCACCAGCGAUUUAGUUUCCCAAAAUUACCCGGAAAUGCUUUACAUCCCGCAGGACUUUAACACAAGUGAGGAGGAGGAGAGCUGGGAUGUGCCCGUGUACGUCCGAUCUGAGUUUGAGGAUGACCAGGUGGCGUGGGGAUUCAGUGAACUCCCCGAGACGCCGUACGAUUCAGAUUCAGGGGAGAGCCAAAGCAGCUCCGUGCCCGGCUUUCACGAAUUCGAAGACCCCAUUUUGCUCCAAAGCUAAACCAGAUGCUCGCCGCUAUCUGUGUGUGAAAGUACAGGCAGGUUUUUAUGGACAGAUACGGUACGGGUCGGGCCAAUAGUGUUUUUGGUAACACCUAAAAGUAGCCAACUAAUUUACACACAUAUUUUAACUAUUUUUGAAGUUAAUUAUACUUAUUAAUAAAACAUUAAAUACUGUUACAUAAUAGACUAAUAUGCUUCAAUCUAGACCACAAACAUAUCCAAGAGGAGUGACUGAAAUCACAAAAUUUUAACUGCACAUGAAGUAGAGCUGCUCAAUUAUGGAAAAUAAAUCAUUAUCACAAUUAUUUUGGCCGAUAUUGAAAUCACGAUUAUUCAGACUAUUAUUUUUUAGUUACACAAUGCAUUUAUUUAAAAAGAAAGCACACACACACAAACACUUUCAAAUUGAAAAUAUGAACCUUAGAGAAGUUUUGCAAAGUAUAAAACAUAAAAUAUACUUAUAAGGCAAAAAAGUAUAAAUGUAUCCAAAAUAAACUCUAUAUCCAGCUGUUCUACAAUCUCUACAUUUAAAAAAUAAAAUGGAUAUACUUAUUUAUAUAAAAAUAUCCCAAAAUAAACUUUAUUUCAACUCAAUUAUAUGAGUGAUUUGACACACCAAUCAAAAUUGCGAUCAAAAUUCAGUUAAUUGCACAGCUUUAACAUGAAAACAGCUGUAGAGAUUUAAAAAUUAAAUCCUUAAACAAAACAAUUCAACCAUUUAACAAUUCUUAAUAAUAAUACACAAGGUUAUACAGUGUUACAAAAAAAACACUUGCUUUACAUAGUCAUGGAGGACUGAUUGGGUGAUUAAAUUGUAUCCCUAAUUUAUUUCCAGCGCCUCUUCUUUCUAUAAACUUGAAAUGAAUGAAUGAAAUAAAAGGUUAAGAUGCACUUUAGGAUUUCUGCAGGUAUUUUUGGUGCACUGCAUUUGACCCAUCCUUCACUGUCAAGGGUUAAACAUGUCAAGAGCCGGUAACCCAUCACCUGAUUUAGAACUUUAAAAAUACAAUUAAAAUGAGUAUAAAUAUUUUAAACAGGGUGUAUUAUUUGCAUUUUUAAAUACUGACAUUUGCAUGACAUAUUUCACAGUAAAGCUCUGAACUACAAGAACAAAAAACAAGAACAAAAUGUGUAUAUUUUUUGUCUAUUUGACUGAGUGCAAUAACGGCUUUAUUACCACAAAAGCCAAACUAUAAACCAAUCAUUUUAGACUACUUUUCGAUCAACUUGGCCUGACCCGUGCCGUCCCGCUCCAGUGAAAACCUCAAAUCUCUCCCUCUCUGCUGCGCUGCCAAAUCUACUGCCUCAUCCUCCUCCAGCUCCUCCCAUGAUGCAGUUUGCACAAAAAGACGUUUACAAUCAUAUUUCUCAUAUCAAAACUACACACACAUCACCACACAAAUACAUUCAACGCACCUACACUUCAGAUGGAUAUAUUUUGAUAAAUAUCUAGUUUUUUAAAAGUUGGAAAAGAAGAAUGCCCCUAAAAUUUCUCAGCCCCCCCGCUCCUAUUUGUCUGCCCCAUCUUACACUCAGCUUUUAACUAAGAAUAAGCUAAAGCGGCAGGGUGCUCAGUAUAGAUCUUUUUGGUGAUUGUAAACAAAAUGGCUGUGCACAAAAAGUUGGAAUCGACCACAACUGUAUGGUGUUGAUCAACUACUACAGCUACUCGAUUAGAAAGUCACUGAUACGCAGUACUAUACGACCACGUUAGUGUAGUAUUUCUAGUGUUAGUUAUCUGUUUAGCACAUGGUUGACGAUGCAAGGAACAAUACUGGAUCCUCGAGAAUGAGAAGAGUUAUGAAUAAAUACUUUUUUUUUUUCAUAACAUUUCCUAGGCACUCUCUUCAGUCAAACUUUGGUUCCAUGGCUAUCUAUAACUAUAUUAUUUGUGGCACUCUUCAGCUGUCUAAUGUGAACAGGUUAGUCUAUUUUGAUUGCUGAUAGGCGGCAAAUAAAAAAAAUCCCACAUACUCACUCUCCAGGUUGACUGCAAUCUUGAUCUUGAGCCAUGAGACCUUGUCCCCCAUUCUUACUACUAGGUACUAGACUGGAUAGGGCUGUGUAAUGACAAAAAUAUAGCAUUUUUUUUCCCUCACUGACAGAUUUUUUUUUUUCAUAAAAUCAAAACUUAAAGCCAAGACAGACUUUAAGUGCGUGCCAUUUAACAUUAAAAUUUUUUUCUUUUUUUUCCCUACUCUUUCAACUACAAAAUGUUCUUGACGCUUGUAUUUCGUUUACAAAAAUCUCUCUUCUACUUAAUCUGAAAAAUAUUGGUAUUCGGAGUGCCAUUUAAACUGCAGCGUCUCGAUUGCUGUGUAUUUUGUCAGAUUAACAGUGUAGCAGUAAUAUCAUUAGAAAAAAGCUUACUAGGUUUUAUUACUAAUGUGAAACAGUUUACGUGUCAGUUCAGUGUUUAUCAUUGUCUUUCAGUUCUUGAAACUCUAGCAUUUUGUUGUUUUUAAUUACACGUAUCCAUUUCUUCAAAUCAGAUUUUGGGCUUGUUUAACUUGAAAUAGUUGUAGGAUUUACACAUUUAAAAAUUAUAUUGGUAUAAAUUUAGGUUUUUACAAUUCCUAGUAAUUAAAAGUGCACUAUAUCUUUUCUGGUGGAUGGUUUACGGGGAGAUGUUGACUCUUGGAAUUUUCCACAGCACGGCAUUAAACUAAUUUAUCUUUCAUUUAGUCAUAAUCUGGUAUUUUUAUAGCUCAAAGAAUGAAAUACAUACAUUCUUAGAGCGGACGAGUGAGUGACCUAACCUGUUCUCAGUUCUGAUUUGUAACUUGUAUCCAUGGAGAUACAGAAGUUUAUUGCCAUUCUGUGGAACAUUUCAGGCAAAGCAACAACAUCUCCAGGGAAACAUUCAAGCAACACUUUACAGGGCACGUUGAAAGCAAAGGUACACAGAUACUCCUCAAAAGAAAUGAUUUAGCUGAACCUUAUUUAUACAUUUCUUUGAAGCGUAAUAGGCAGGAAAUCUUGUUUUAGAUGAAGGACUGCACCAGUUUGGGAGCGUGCCAAUGGAGGUCCACUGUAAAAGUUAUCAAAACUGAUCAACACGUUUUAACUCUCCUUUCAAGUCUCCCCUCGUGCUCCUUUUGGUCAGUCCCCUGUCUCUCUGUGACUGAACACGUUGCUCGAGUGAAUGUUUUUGUGAAUAAAAUCGUUGUAGAUUUUAGCAAUAGUUAUUUUUACCCGGUGUGACAUUCAGUGUAUUUAAAAGUUGUAGUGGUUCUCAAACUGAUUGCAACAAGUACUUUCUCUGGCAUGUAUUCAGUGAGGUGUUUUAUUACCUUGAAAAUCUUUUUACCAUGAGUGGGGUUGCCUCUUGACGAAUCUAACCUGUGAAACUUUCCAGGCAAAGCAAUGACUAAAGAUCUGAUAGAACUUAAACAGCAACAACAGCUUCCAUCAAGACCCUUGCCUGAUUUGGUAACAUCUAAAGCAGGUCUAGAACUGGUCUACAACAAAUCCAUUAUUCAAGAUCGGUCAACUUCCACCAGCUGUACUUGCACCACAGUUUGAUAACCACUGCUGCAUAAGGUUUAAUGAUAUUAGCUCAAACACUACCUUAAACAAUGUCCGUGUGUGAAUCAGAUUUGUGUGAAUGAAGGAAGAUGGCAUUUAAACAUACUGAUCCCGAUUUAUUUUCUUACGUUGAAAUGGUCAAACGAAGGUGCCUUGUUAGUCAUUUGUCAGUUCGCAAACAUGGGCAUCAAGCUUUUUAAACUGCAGUAUUCAGGGUUUCUCCAAGGUUUUCCCAAGUAAAGACAUCAUAUCCUUGCAUAUUAACAGUUCGAAAAUCAUUGCUCUGAUUGAGAUUGAGAAAGCCACUAAAAUGUUGUUUGUUUAUCGAAGUUUAGCUGCUUAACGAAAUCGCCAACAUAAUACUCUUUUGAAUUCAUAUGCCUGUCAAUAAUUGCAGCAUUUGUAAGCAUUUGUUAAUACAAGAUUCACGUACUUCCAGAAAUUGAAAAGGGAUAGAAGUAUUGCCAAAUUGUCCAUUCUUUUAUAUUCUCUAUUCUUUGCUCAAAAAGAACAUGAUAUAUGACAUUGAAAACCUUGGCAAUUCCCUGGUGCUGGUUUGUCCUAUGGUGUUAACAAAGCAUUUACUUGUUGCCAUUGUACCAUAUCACUCACUCUAUAUAUCUGUACUGAAGCUGAAGUUUUCAUGGACAUUAAAAAGUGUUAAACGACUUAAGUGAUAACCAGGUGCAUUGUCUUCCACUGUUUCUUUGAUCCGUUGCAUGAAAGUUUUGUCAUUUUCACCAGCGCAGAACAAUGUGAGCUUUUAGUAUGGUUGUUUUUCUCUAUUUUAUAAAUGAAUGUAAUCAAAA